UUCAGGGUACAUUUCACCCUCCAAAACCUGCACGUACUGUAGUCCUCCAGGUUCUACUUCUCCUCCUCUUCUUCCAGGCCCACCAGGCGUUGAUCUUAAGCAAGAUGACUUCAGAAAUUUGUAGAGACACCGUGGAGCAGGAGCAGGCCGAAAUUACUGAGGGCAGAGUAGUGAGGAGAGACGGUGCGUUUCGCUCCAUACUGCGCGGCGUCUUCUGGCCAUUCGGCAUCGUGGUGCGUGCGUACCGCGGGUUUUGGUCUGUGCUGGGCUUCCGGCAGCCACAGGAGCGAGCCCUCGUCAGCCCCGCGAUUUCCAGCCCUACACGCCAGAGCCUCGCCGGCCGCAAGCGCCUGCACAGGGUCACCCGUCUGCUGCUGUCCAUCCUGCCCCGCUGGGUGCAGGGCGCCCUGGGAUACCCAGUGUCCAGCAGCAUUGGGCGCUCCCUCUCACCAGAAAUCAGAGUCUCUCCUACUAAACCUUGUGGAAAGGGCAGCAAGAGAAAGCAGGAUGAGUUGGAUGAUGAGGAGGAUGAAGAGCAUCCGACCUGGGUGGAGGCGCUCACUCAAGAGAUCGCUGAUGAUGACGUCCAUGAGGAGGAUCCUGACUAUGAGCCCAGUACUGUAGAGACGGACAGUGAAGAGUACUGCUCGCACAACAACACGGAAAGCGAUAUUGAGGUUCAGGGGAAAGGUGUGGUCAUUAUUGAAGAUGUGAACACGGAUGUUGCGCCGUCCACUCCAUCUGAAGUCUCUUGCCCUGCUGUUUAAUGUGUCUAUUGAUGUUGUUGUAUUGUUUCAGUGUUUGUUUGUUUUUUUUUGUUUUUUUUCUGUUUAUAUAUGAAUUCAAUAAAACUGUCGUUUGCUGUGA